GAAAAGCGCUUGGCGGUUUGCAGCGGCGUGGAGUGGGUGGGCAUCAGCGGCGUCAGCAGCGGACAGCGGCCGCGGCAGCGGCAGGAGCAUGGUGCUGGAUUGAUAGGUGGGGAAGGGGAGGGAGGAGUGGCAGGGGCAGGCACAGCGAGCACAGGCUGCUGCCCUGCCCCUGCUCGUUGGCGUUUCUCUCCCCCCCUGCGUGCCCCCACUGUCCACACCCCACCAUCUUCCUCUGCGGAGCUCGCGUGAACCCCCCCUCGGCCCCCUCGCUUUCGCGCUGCGUCCGCGGUGGCAUCAUUGGGUAUCUGGACUGGACGAGGUCCGUCCGAUAGAGAGUGCCUUCUUCUUGGCUGCCGAUUUCGCGAGCGCUGCUGCCGCUGCUUCUUCUUCUUCCUCCCUGCUGCGGCGGCGGAAUUGUGCUUUGGAGCUGUGGAGUGGUGACUGGUCUGCAACUCCUCUUCUACGGCUCUGUGCUGGAUUGAAUCUGCGGGGUUGCGGCGAUGCGGGCGCGGGGGCCCCGGAUGUGGAUGAGGUGGUGGUGGGUGGCGGUCGCUGCUCUGCUCGCCGUGAUCCUGCCGCCGUCCAACGCCACGCUCUCCCCUGCCGGCAUCAACUACGAAGUGGUGGCUCUGAUGGCCAUCAAGACGGAGCUGGAGGACCCCUACAACGUGCUCGACAACUGGGACAUCAACUCCGUCGACCCCUGCAGCUGGAGGAUGGUCACCUGCUCCUCCGACGGCUACGUCUCCGCCUUAGGAUUGCCUAGCCAGAGCUUGUCCGGCAAGUUAUCACCCGGCAUCGGCAACCUCACCAGGCUGCAAUCUGUGCUGUUACAGAACAAUGCGAUUUCUGGUCCUAUUCCGGGUACGAUUGGAAAGCUGGGGAUGCUUAAGACUCUUGACAUGUCAGAUAACCAACUCACGGGGAGUAUCCCAAGUUCGCUUGGAAAUCUCAAGAACCUCAAUUAUUUGAAGUUGAACAAUAAUAGCUUGUCUGGAGUUCUGCCUGAUUCACUUGCCAGCAUUGAUGGUUUUGCACUCGUAGAUCUUUCGUUUAACAAUCUCAGUGGUCCAUUACCCAAGAUUUCCGCAAGAACCUUUAUCAUAGCUGGAAAUCCAAUGAUUUGUGGUAAUAAAUCUGGAGGUAACUGCUCUUCUGUGUCACUUGACCCACUCUCUUACCCACCAGAUGAUCUGAAAACUCAGCCACAACAAGGCAUUGGAAAGAGUCAUCAUAUUGCUACAAUAUGUGGAGCAACUGUUGGUUCAGUAGCUUUUGCCGCUGUUGUAGUUGGUAUGCUUCUUUGGUGGCGUCAUAGGCGAAAUCAGCAGAUCUUUUUUGAUGUUAAUGAUCAAUAUGAUCCAGAAGUUUGUUUGGGUCAUCUGAAGCGAUAUGCUUUCAAGGAGCUCCGCGCAUCUACUAAUAAUUUUAACUCAAAGAACAUCUUAGGUGAAGGUGGAUAUGGCAUAGUAUACAAGGGUUAUUUGCGUGAUGGCUCUGUCGUUGCUGUGAAAAGGCUGAAGGAUUAUAAUGCCGUUGGUGGGGAAGUUCAAUUCCAAACUGAAGUUGAAGUCAUAAGCUUGGCUGUUCAUCGGAAUCUCCUCCGUCUUAUUGGAUUCUGCACUACAGAGAGUGAGAGAUUACUUGUUUAUCCAUACAUGCCAAAUGGAAGUGUUGCUUCUCAAUUGCGGGAACAUAUUAAUGGAAAACCAGCUCUAGACUGGUCAAGGAGAAAGAGGAUAGCACUAGGCACAGCACGGGGUCUACUCUACCUUCAUGAGCAAUGCGAUCCAAAAAUAAUCCAUCGAGACGUAAAAGCCUCCAAUGUGCUUCUUGAUGAAUAUUUUGAAGCAAUUGUGGGAGAUUUUGGAUUGGCAAAACUCUUGGAUCACAGGGAGUCUCAUGUUACAACUGCAGUGCGUGGGACUGUCGGACAUAUAGCACCAGAGUAUCUGUCAACUGGCCAGUCAUCAGAGAAGACUGAUGUGUUUGGAUUUGGGGUUCUGUUAGUUGAGUUGAUCACUGGUCAGAAGGCGUUGGAUUUUGGAAGAGUAGCGAAUCAGAAGGGCGGAGUGCUCGACUGGGUUAAGAAACUUCAUCAAGAAAAGCAGCUAAACAUGAUGGUGGACAAAGACUUGGGUAGCAACUACGAUAGGGUUGAGUUGGAGGAAAUGGUUCAGGUGGCUUUGCUAUGCACACAAUACCAUCCAUCUCACCGACCCAGAAUGUCUGAGGUAAUCAGGAUGCUGGAAGGUGAUGGGCUCGCAGAGAAAUGGGAAGCGUCGCAGAACGUGGACACACCAAAGUCCGUCUCAUCGGAGAUCCUACCUCCAAAGUACAUGGAUUUCGCUGCGGAUGAAUCCUCACUUGGCCUAGAAGCCAUGGAGCUCUCCGGGCCAAGAUGACCAUCCAAUCGACCAGAUCGGUCGCCGCAGAGAUGCAUAGAUGUUUUGCCAUAUAAAGCCUAUUGUUGUAUUACAUGGGAGUUGGUUAGGUGUAGUCGUGUAGAGCCCCCCAACACAAGGGAAGGCGAAAAAUUUUCCGGUGGACUGUAGGGUGUGAUCUGUCUGUCUAUAGCUGUGGUGGCAUUCAUUUUGUACAUACAGCAGCAUUGUGUGAGGUGAGCCCAUCCUUGUUGCGCAUCUACUUGGUGGCAAAGAGAUGAGAUGAAUGAGUAUAGAUAGAAAUCAAAGGUUCCCGUGCGGUGCAGAGCAGUUGGUGCCUGUUUGUGUUUUUUUGCUUGCUGAAGGUGUGUGCCGUGCAGUUGACAUGCGUCAAUUUGUUUGACGCGUCAGUUCAUCAGCUUGUAACAGGGAUCCGUUGCAUC